AUGCCUUCUUGGAUCGGGGCUGUGAUUCUUCCCCUCUCCGGGCUGCUGCUGUCCCUCCCGGCCCGGGCGGAGGUGAAGGCUCGGAGCUGCGGCGAAGUCCGCCAGGCGUACGGUGCCAAGGGAUUCAGCCUGGCGGACAUCCCCUACCAGGAGAUCGCAGGAGAACACUUGAGAAUCUGUCCUCAAGAAUACACGUGCUGCACCACGGAAAUGGAAGACAAGCUCAGUCAACAGAGCAAACUGGAGUUUGAAAACCUGGUGGAGGAGACGAGCCACUUCGUGCGCACCACGUUCGUGUCCAGGCACAAGAAGUUUGACGAGUUUUUCCGAGAGCUCCUGGAGAAUGCAGAAAAGUCACUAAAUGAUAUGUUUGUACGGACCUAUGGAAUGCUGUACAUGCAGAAUUCAGAAGUGUUCCAGGACCUCUUUACAGAGCUUAAGAGAUACUACACAGGGGGCAAUGUGAAUUUGGAGGAAAUGCUCAAUGACUUCUGGGCUCGGCUCCUGGAACGGAUGUUUCAGCUGAUCAACCCCCAGUAUCAUUUCAGCGAGGACUACCUGGAGUGCGUGAGCAAAUACACAGACCAGCUGAAGCCGUUUGGAGAUGUUCCCCGGAAGCUGAAAAUUCAGAUCACCCGCGCCUUCAUUGCUGCGCGGACAUUUGUCCAAGGGCUGACCGUGGGCAGAGAAGUUGCAAAUCGAGUGUCCAAGGUCAGCCCGACCCCAGGCUGCAUCCGUGCCCUCAUGAAGAUGCUAUACUGCGCUUAUUGUCGAGGACUCCCCACGGUGAGACCGUGCAAUAACUACUGCCUCAACGUCAUGAAGGGCUGCCUGGCAAAUCAAGCCGAUCUCGACACCGAGUGGAACCUGUUUAUAGAUGCCAUGCUCUUGGUGGCAGAGCGACUGGAAGGACCGUUCAACAUUGAGUCAGUCAUGGACCCAAUAGACGUCAAGAUCUCUGAAGCUAUUAUGAACAUGCAGGAAAACAGCAUGCAAGUGUCUGCAAAGGUGUUUCAGGGAUGUGGCCAACCCAAACCUGCUCCAGCUCUCAGAUCUGCUCGCUCAGCUCCUGAAAAUUUUAAUACACGAUUCAGGCCUUACAAUCCUGAGGAAAGACCAACCACUGCUGCGGGCACGAGCUUGGACCGGCUGAGGAUUGUGUGGAGGACAAUGCAACAUAGUGUCACAGACAUAAAAGAGAAACUGAAGCUCUCUAAAAAGGUCUGGUCAACAUUGCCCUACACCAUCUGCAAGGACGAGAGCGUGACAGCUGGCACGUCCAAUGAAGAGGAAUGUUGGAAUGGACACAGCAAAGCCAGGUACCUGCCUGAAAUCAUGAAUGAUGGGCUGACCAACCAGAUCAACAACCCAGAGGUGGACGUGGACAUCACGCGGCCCGACACGUUCAUCAGGCAACAGAUCAUGGCUCUCCGCGUGAUGACCAACAAACUGAAGAACGCAUACAAUGGCAAUGACGUCAACUUCCAGGACACAAGCGACGAAUCCAGCGGCUCAGGGAGUGGCAGUGGGUGCAUGGAUGACGUGUGUCCUACAGAGUUUGAGUUUGUCACCACAGAGGCCCCCGCGGUGGAUCCCGACCGGAGAGGAGUAGACUCUUCUGCCGCCCAGCCGGGCCCCUCCCUGCUCUCAGGAUCUCUCGUCUGCGUCGCCCUGGCACUGCAGAGACUGUGCAGAUAA